AUGGGCCGAAAUCGAAGUCGAGGCCCCUCGCCUGCUGCCAGGGACUCGAAAACCGCAACAACUGCAGCAACCUCCGCUGCGGCCGCUGCACCUGUGUCGUCGCUCCAGCAAAAUUAUAAUAAUAAUAAUAAUAAUACUUCCAGCAACCACAACGACAGCAACAAAAGCCCGAAGCAUAACAGCAAUAGCCCUUCCGGCUUAGGUUUCCACAGGCCAAAGCUCAAACCCGAUCUCGACCCCGACACAUCCUCCACUCCGUCUCCAGCUCCUCCUCCCGCACGCGACGCCACCAGUGACUCGGCGCCAUCGACGUCGGCAACUACCUCCCGCGACUCCGAGCAUGUCGCUUCUGCGCAGUCUUCAGUAAUACCCAAUUCAUCCUCAUCAAGCCCCGCGGCAAAACCAAAAAGGAGCUCAAGACCUCUGUCUUUAGUGCAAACCUACCAGCCGCCCCUCAUGGACAUCAACUCGGACACUCCUCCCGAGCUGCAGCCCAUCUUCAGCUUGCUCAACGGCCAUGCAAACAAGCUGUACCAGGAAGGAUACUUCCUGAAGCUGGACGACCAAGACAUCCGCGGAAACCUAAAUCCCGAUCGAACAUGGACUGAGUGCUUUGCUCAGUUGGUUGGCACCGUCUUGUCGCUAUGGGACGCUGCCGAGCUCGACGCGGCCGGCGAGGACGGCGAGGUGCUACCUAAGUUUAUCAACCUUACCGAUGCGUCGAUCAAGAUGAUCGAGUCGCUCCCAACAAAGUCGAAUGACGAGCAACCGCUACAAAACAUCCUGAGCAUCAGCACGGCCGGUCGGAACCGCUAUUUGCUGCACUUCAACUCGCACCACUCGCUGAUACAAUGGACGUCCGGAAUACGGCUUGCCAUGUAUGAGCACGCCACGCUCCAAGAAGCCUACACUGGCUCGCUAGUUGCCGGCAAGGGCAAGACCCUAAACAGCAUUAACAUUAUCAUGGAGCGUGCCAGACAACCCAUCUCCGAGUGGGUACGCGUAAGGUUUGGUGCUGGUGUCCCCUGGAAGCGCUGCUACUGUGUCAUUGAACCCCCCAGCGAGAAGGAAUACCAGAAAGCCCAAAAGGAGUGGAAAAAGAAGAACCCAUACGACCGCUCGCAUGGCCCCAUCUUGAAAGGCCAGAUCAAAUUCUUCGAGUCGAAGAAGGAUGCCGAGAAAAAGAAGAAGCAUCAGCGCCCGAUCGCCUCGAUCACCGAUGCCUACUCGGCCUAUGCCAUCUAUCCACAAGCCAAAGCUUUGAUUGACGGAUCAACACUCUUGAAGAUCGAGGGCGACAUCACGAUACAUUCCGAACCGCCGUCGACGACGGAAGGUUUUGUGUUCAUCAUGCCUGAAACGCACCCCGCUGUUCCUGGAUUCGAAAUGCUUCUCCGGUUCUUGUUUCCGACGUGGGAUACUUUUGGUUUGUACGGUCGGCCCGGCCGCCUAGUGGCGAGCGUUCUUGACCCGCGAUCCCUGAUGUUUGGGAUGCCGAAGCAUAAGAGGCACGGGUACCUUGAGCUUAGUGAUGUAAGCAACUUAAUCAUGACCGAAGGGAGCUCUUCCUGGUCUGAGCGAGAAUGGCGCAAGAGGCUGAAGGAGCUCACGGGUCAGCGCAUGGCCGCCAUGGAGGAUGCUGCCAACUCUGCUCCGCAGAGCAGGAGUGCAAGCCGCAACGGCAAGCGCUUGAGCGGCGGGGCUGGGAGUUCGGGCUCUUCGCGCCCGAGGGUAGGUUUUGCCGACGAAGCUGGGCCGGUCCAGCCAGGCCGCUCUCAGUCGGUACCACGACAUGGCGGACGGAAUGAGUCGGUACCGCCUGAUCCAAAUCGCGAGCCGUUGCCCGCAGGUCCUGACGGGCCUUACGGCCAACCUCCUUACCCCGAUCGUCAGGUUAACGAGCCCCAAUACCACCCCUACGGUCAGGAAAACGGCCAGCCGGCGGCCCUUCCGAUGCGCCUGCCUGAACGUGUUAGGCAGCCCUUUACGAGCGAUCUAGCUUCGACCCCCGAACGGCUCAGCGACGAAGAAGAAGAUAGCCCGAUUAGGACAGCCCCGGCUGAGCGAAUCGAGAUGAUGCAGCCUGUACACAACUUGGGACCAGUGAACCCACCUCCCGCUUUCUCACACAACACACCGUCGCGACCGUCGUUGCCACAGCCUUACCACACGGCCGAAAUGCGGAGGAGAACCCAGCGCCUUUCUCACACAACCCUGUCACAGCUGGCCAAGGCCAGCGGCAUAGACCCAGCUGCCUUCAAGGACGACGAUCUGCUUAAUGAUUACCAAGAGGAGAGCGCAGGCUCAGCACAAAGACGCACUGACCAGCGCAACCCAGCGGUACAGACACAAACCAGCACCGAUGCCGUGGGAAUGAAUGCUAAUCUCUGUGGAUCUCCUGAAGUUCUAACCUCUGCCAACCCCCAUGCUGCCCGUGCUUCUCCAGGAUCCUCGUCAGCCUCGAUGGAACCCGAUCGCAACCCUUCAUCGUCUGGAGCACAGGAUGUCGCUGGAAACCCUCCGUCUGUUGGUGCCCAUGGAGGGUCGUCUUCCGACAACCGUAGCCUCACCUCUGCAGGUCGCCGAACUCCCGGCCCCGAAUCGCAGUCUCCACAGUCUCCUCCUUCCGGCCCGACUAAUAGGAAUCCUCUUCCCACAAGAUCAACGAGCCUCGCGCAUAGCCAGGACGACGUUACUCCUGCUUCUCGGUCACCUCCUCAGACUUUCCCUUUCCAGUCGUCCGACUCUUCUCCUCCGCCAAUCCCGCCGCAACAUCCUCUUCGACAGGCCACACUAAGGGCUGUAGUUUACGAUGAUGCUUCUUCGACGACUAGUCCCGAUUAUGCUAGCACCCGUCGGUCUAGCAUAACCGAAGAAUCUGUCGAGCAAGAGCGACCACGUGCUGGUGUGCUUAAAACCGUUGGUACUGAUCCCGCAGUUUUAUCCAAGAAAUCGAAUGGCGUGGAUUCGGAUUUCGAUAUCCCCAAGAUCGAUUUCGGGCCGACGCUUAAUUAUGCUGCGCUGCCAGUCAACAAAAUCCCCCCUAAUGGUUCUUCAUCUCGCGCAGGCCAUGCAACUGGACGAAAAUCUCCAGGGCCCGCAGCAGCCUAUUCGCACAACCGCUCUGAGUCAAGUGAUACUAUUCGCCGUAGUGUUGUUUGGCAGCCGGGAACCGCUGUGGGCACAUCAGAUGGCGGUAAUACCCUAUCCGCAGAGCAAUUUGUUGAGCAACGGGCAGCUGCGGCGGUUCAUCAGUACGCACAUCAUCGCAGUUCAUCCACAGGUACGCUUUUGGACGUUAGACCGACAACGCCAUCAUCGCCGUACGGGCGGCCUACCAGCCGAGGGCCUUCUCACUCUCGCCAUAGCUCGAUUGACCUGCUUUCAACCGGACGACCUGGGAGCCAGGGGACUGCAAUGGCCCUGUCGGGUGGUGAAUUGUCAUCACAUUUGUCUGCUCGAGAGCAGGAGCAUGUUGCUAGAAUUACGGGUACUCCUUUGAUCGCCUUGGCGGGGAAUAAGGGCCCCUCACCGACCCAGAACGGCCUCGUUGGUGCGAUUGAGAAGAGGGAGCGCGAGAAGGCACAGAUUAAGGAUGGUAUUUGCAAUCAGGCCGUCAUCCAGGCGAUCGACCAACGGCAGCGGGAACAGCAACAGCAAGCUCAGAGGGCUGCUCAGGCUGCGUAUGCCCAGCAACAAGCACAAUAUACUGCGCAGCAGUAUGCAUAUGCAAGUGGCCAGAAGACUCCGGCUGGCAUGAGUGGCGUGGGUCCUGGCCCCAUGUAUCUCCCGAACAUGCCUGCUGCAAUGGUUCCCCGCAGCAUGAGCCCCGGGCCUGGCGUGGGCAUGGGUCCAGGCGCUCGAUCUCCCCCGCCUAUGAUCCCUCAGCAGCAGAUGCCUUAUGCUGGCCAUUUUCAGGGAGGGUAUGGACCGCCCUCUGGGGGUUCUGGCUGGACCAUGCCUAUGGUUAACAACAACAUGGGUCGCUCUGUCCGUUCACCCCCCCCAGGGCCGAUUCGUUCACCACCUCCAGGCCCAGUGUCACCCGCAAUGAUGUCACCUGGGCCGAUCCCUCCAUCUCCUAGCUUUGCCGGUAGCGGCCACGGCGUGAGGCCGAGCAGCCGCCCUCAAAGACCCCCAAUGGGCUCCGGAUGCCGCCCCCUCCGGGACAGUACGGAGUAG